UUUCCCGCUAGCAUGCGCUCCCUCGCUCCAUCCUCCUCCGAGCUCUCAUCUCUCUUCCUCUCUCCUCCCCUCUCUCCCCCCAAAAUUUCUCAAACCCUAUAUUUCCUCUGCAGAUUCCCCAUCCCAAACCCUAGCCUCCGCCUUUGCCAUCGCCGAUCCCCCGCCUUCGCCUUUGCCUUCUCAUCAAAGAACCCUCAGCAUCAAGAUCUUCUCUCUCCAUCCGAUCCCAGCGAGGACGAAGAUGAGGACGAUGACGACGACGAUGACGAUGAAGCGGCGGCGGUCGAAGAGUACGAUGAGGCGCUGGUGGAGGUCUCUGAAGAGGAGGAGGAGGAGUUUGGAGUUGAACUGACUUCGUCGCGAUCUGAGGUGAAGGAGGGGAAUAAAUUGCAGAGGAUAGAGAGGAUUUUUGCUCUGGUCAAGGAGCUCGGAGAUGAUAUUCUUGAUUUCGAUGAGAUUGCGAGCGUUUAUGAUUUUCCCGUUGAUAAAUUUCAGCGUUUGGCUAUUCAAUCCUUUUUGAGAGGUUCUUCAGUUGUAGUUUCUGCGCCAACAAGCAGUGGAAAAACAUUAAUUGCAGAGGCUGCAGCUGUAGCUACAAUUGCUAGAGGAAGGAGGCUCUUUUACACAACCCCUUUGAAGGCUUUAUCAAAUCAAAAAUUUCGUGAAUUUAGGUUAUCAUUUGGUGAAAAUAAUGUCGGGCUUUUAACUGGAGAUUCCUCAAUCAACAAAGAUGCUCAGAUACUAAUCAUGACGACUGAGAUCUUGCGGAACAUGUUAUAUCAGAGUGUUGGAAUGUCAUCUUCUGGGAGUAAAUUGUUUCAUGUUGAUGUCAUUGUUCUGGAUGAAGUACACUAUCUGAGUGAUAUAUCUCGAGGCACUGUUUGGGAAGAGAUAGUUAUAUACUGUCCAAAGGAAGUGCAGCUUCUAUGUCUUUCAGCAACAGUUGCAAAUCCGGACGAGCUGGCUGGUUGGAUAGGAAAGAUUCAUGGUAAAACAGAGUUGGUUACUUCCAAUAAGCGACCUGUUCCGCUAACUUGGCAUUUCUCGAUGAAGAAUUCUAUGGUCCGACUUCUUGAUGAGAAAGGAAAGAAGAUGAAUAGGAAGCUGUCACUCAAUUAUAUGCAAUCUUCUACGUCAAGACCAGAAGCAUACAGUGAAAGUAAUAAACGGAAAUACAGAACAGGAAAACCUGAUUAUGGCAUCAAUAAGGCUUCUAGUAUUUCACGGCAGGCCUCGUUGUCAAAGGGUGAAAUAAACUCUCUACGCCGUUCCCAAGUUCCUCAGAUACGAGAUACCUUACGACAUCUGAACGCUAAGAAUAUGCUUCCAGCCAUUUGGUUUAUUUUUAGUCGAAGAGGAUGUGAUGCUGCCGUGCAGUAUGUUGAAGAUAGCAAACUUUUAGAUGAGUGUGAAGCGGGUGAAGUUGAACUGCGGCUAAGAAAAUUCAGAAUGCAGUAUCCUGAUGCUGUCAGGGAAGUUGCUGUAAAAGGACUUUUGAAUGGCAUCGCUGCACAUCAUGCUGGAUGUUUACCUCUUUGGAAAUCAUUUGUUGAAGAACUAUUUCAGCUAGGUCUUGUUAAGGUUGUUUUUGCUACUGAAACACUAGCUGCUGGGAUUAAUAUGCCUGCUAGGACUUCCGUUAUUGCAUCUCUUAGCAAAAGGGUUGAUGCAGGACGUGCAUUUCUGAGCUCAAAUGAGCUACACCAAAUGGCAGGGCGUGCUGGGCGGAGAGGUAUUGAUGAAGCUGGUCAUGUUGUUCUUCUUCAGACUCCCUUCGAAGGAGCUGAAGGGUGUUGUGAGCUCCUGUUUUCUGGUCUCGAGCCUCUUGUUUCUCAAUUUACUGCUUCUUAUGGGAUGGUCUUAAAUCUUCUCGCGGGUGCAAAAAUCACUCGUAAAUUGAAGGAACAGGAUGAAGUGAAUGCUCUGCAUUCAGGAAGAACACUGGAAGAAGCUCGAAAACUAGUGGAGCAAAGCUUUGGAAAUUAUGUUGGAAGCAAUGUUAUGGUUGCUGCUAAGGAGGAGCUUACUAAGAUACAACAUGAAAUUGGAUUACUUUCUUUGGAAGUUGGUGAAGAUGCUGUGGAUAGGAAAUGCCGGGAGCAGUUAUCAGAGGCAGAAUAUGAUGAAAUUUCUAACCUCCAGGAAGAAUUAAGGGCAGAGAAACGACUGCGUACUGAACUCAGACGACAGAUGGAACUUAGGAGAAUGGGUGCAUGGAAGUCAUUAUUAGAAGAUUUCGGAAAAGGCCAACUUCCUUUCAUGUGUUUGCAAUAUAAAGAUAAUGAAGCUGUUCAGCAUACUGUUCCUGCUGUUUAUAUCGGAAAUGUUAACUCUUUUGAUGCCAAGAAAAUCAUGAGUCUGACUGGUGCUUAUAUUGGAGACGAAGACAAUAAUGAUUGCAGUCUAUCUUACUAUGUCGCUUUAGGUUCAGACAAUUCUUGGUAUCUCUUCACAGAAAAAUGGGUAAAAGUAGUAUACAAAACAGGCUUUCCCAAUGUAGUUUCUGCUGAUGGUAAUCUACUGCCUCGUGAGUCUUUGAUAAAACUCCUCAUGAAGGAAGAAUUGCAAUGGGAAAAGCUUGCAGAUUCAGAAUUUGGGCCUCUAUGGUCCAUGGAAGGGUCCUUGGAGACAUGGUCAUGGAGUCUGAAUGUGCCAGUAUUGAGCAACCUCUGGGAAGAAGAAGAGGUGAAACAUUGGUCUGAAGAAUAUGAAGAUGCUGUACAAUGUUACAAGGGGCAGAGAAGAAAGGUUUCACGUCUGAAAAAGAAAGUAGCAACUACUAAAGGGUUUAAAGAAUUUAAAAAGGUUCUGGAUAUGACGAACUUUAAUAAAGAAAAGAUUGAGCGCCUUAAGGCUAGAUCAAAUCGUUUAGUCAGACGAAUCGAGCAAAUUGAGCCCUCUGGUUGGAAGGAAUUUUUACAGAUAAGCAAAGUGAUAGAAGAAACCAGAGCACUGGAUAUUAACAACCAUGUUAUGUUUCCCUUGGGGGAAACAGCAGCAGCAAUCCGAGGAGAAAAUGAACUCUGGCUUGCUAUGGUUCUUAGAAAUAAGAUUUUGACUGAACUGAAGCCAGCACAACUUGCUGCAGUUUGUGGAAGUUUGGUUUCUGAAGGAAUUAAAAUUCGACCUUGGAGAAAUAACAGCUACAUAUAUGAACCAUCAUCCAUUGUCACUGAUGUCAUCAGCCACUUAGAAGAACAAAGGAGCUCCCUUAUGGAGAUUCAAGAUAAAUAUGGGAUAAAGAUAUCAUGUGGAUUAGACAGCCAGUUUUGCGGAAUGGUUGAAGCUUGGGCUUCAGGCUUAACUUGGAGAGAAAUAAUGAUGGACUGUGCAAUGGAUGAGGGGGAUCUGGCUCGACUUCUACGCCGUACAAUUGAUCUUUUAUCUCAGAUUCCAAAAUUGCCCGAUAUUGACCCGCUGCUCCAGAGUCGGGCAUCCCAAGCAUCUGCAGUCAUGGACCGUGUGCCCUUAAGUGAGCUUGCUGGAUGAACUCAUGUACUCGUACCUCAGUGCAAGCCUUAUGUAAACAUUGUGAAGACUGUAACUAUUUACAUGGUGCCAACCAACUUUGGCCUUUAUGCUGCAUGUUAUGGAAGGCGAGAUUUUUUAUGUUUAAAUUCUCUGGCUGGAACAUGGGCAAUGAGGGCAAGGAGGAAAUUAAUCCCCAUCAGGAUAUUGAAGUUGAUGAUUAUGGAUGAUGAUGAUGAUGAUGCAUUCAUGAGAGCGGUGCUGAUUGCCUUUCAGUCGCAGGUGGGAGAUAUUCUGUUAUUACAAGUUGGGAUGGCCUAAUAUGCAAAUAACUCAAAUGCUGUAAUUGUAUAUAUAUUCAGAGAGCGAGAGAUUUGAGAUGCACUGUUGGACCGCGACUUGUCUAUUUCAUUGGUAUUGGUAAUGUAAUUUGAUCCCGAGCUUGUUUGGUCUUUGUUGAUUUCCUCUUGAUUAA